AUGCUCGAAUUCAUAACAUUCGCAGUAUUGGAGAUCUACGUUCUCCUCCUGAUUGUCGCACUCAGGAUUGGCGUGGCCCUUGUCGCGCUUUUCCAGCUUAUCAAGGCCCAGGCCACUCAGGACACUUCGGCCAAAAAGAAAGCCCUCUCCAAACUUGCUUUUGUUUUUUUCACCCCCUUUCUGGGCGAAUCUGUAUUCACUCCCAGUGGCUACGAAACUAUUUCUUCUUCUUUCACAGCUUCGGAGGCUUCUACAGACCACCUCAAGGAGACAAAUAGCGUUUGUGCUUCUGCUCUCAUCUUUCUUGGCCAAGAGGAACCUGCCCCAGACAAACCUGCCCAAGACAAACCUGUUCUCCCUUGUGACAAGGACAUUCCCCUUUCUCACCCCGGCGAAGUCAAGGCUUCUUCUACUCACAUCUCCCCUGCUCAAAACAAGCCUGUUCUUCCUUGUGACAAGAAGAGCCUCCCCAUUUCUCAUUCCUGCGUAGUCAAGGCUCCUGUGAUCAUCUCCGAAAACAAGAGCCCCAUCUCUCACCCCGGUGCAGCCAAGGCUGCUACCAAUCCGCAAAGCACUGCGGUCAUCUCCAAAAACAAGAGCCCCAUCUCUCACUUCGGUCCAGUCAAAGCUUCUACUAAUCCGCAAAUGACUGCGAUAGUCUCUGAAAACGAGGGCCUCUCUGCGUUCAUUUACGCCUCGAGCUCUCAGCAAGAGACUGUGACCACUGGUGAGAAAGGCGACACCCUGUUGACGGUUUCCUCCGCGCAGGUUUCUACUAUCAUCCAGAACAAAGAGCCUGUCAAGAUGCCUGUCCUUGCAAACGUUGACGAUACUGCCGGCUUUAUGGCAGCGGCUCGUUCUUUCAUGCUCAGUCAGCCUAGUUACGCUUCCGCCAAGGCCACUUCUCCUAUUGCCGCGGAAGAAGCUACUGGCGAGCAGGACGAAACUUGGAAGAGCGCGGAUGAAUUUACUCGUCCUUCGACCAGCGCUUCUGCCGUUGCAGUUGACGCAAAUGAUGCCAAAUCGGUGUCUGUUGCCAACGAGAUCAGCUCUUUUGCGGAAACCCCCAAACAUGAAAUCGCAUUCGUCUCAAAGAAUGCCCUCUCCUUCGCCACUGAGGCUGGUGCUGCUUUCAUGAGAAACCCCGAUGAGGAAGAGAACCGUGAGAACCUCACUACCUUCGAGACCUGGGGAACUCCUGCUAGCCGUGCAAAGCCUGCUGCGCGUGUGAGAACCGUCAUCAUCAGAGGAUUACCGUCCACCUGGGCUACUCCCACUAAGGUGCUGUCGCUCGUCCAUGGAGGUCGUAUCGAAAACGUUUGCGUUUCUCCCAGAGGCAUCGCCCACAUUCGCUUCUGUGAAGCGGAUGCGUGUUUGGCCUUCUAUGAAAAGUAUCCCAACGGCAUUGACCUAGACAAGAGUCGCAAGGUCACCGUCUUUGUCGACAUGGGCAAGGACGUCGAUGUGAUCAGCUCUCAGCUGUCUUUUAACCUCUCUGUCGGCGCAACUCGCGUCGUGCGUGCCGUCGGAGUUGACUUGGAGGUGACCAUGCAGCAGAUGAUCGAUCUGGCUACUGCACAGAAUCGUAAGAUCGAAAAAAUCGUUGACUCUUGGGUCCCCGGUGAAGCAAGAAGUGCGUCCUUCCACUUCUGUACCAUCGAGGACGCGGUGCGUUUCCGCGCUGCCAUCAUUCGUGACACCGAGUGGGAGCAUUGCAAUGUGCAGUAUGGCAGUGACCCGUGCGAUUUCGCUACCGGUAUCCAUGUCGAUUGA